GGGCUGUUUCGGAUUUGGAGUCGUCUUUGAUCCCGUCUAUCGGUGUUCGUCCCAACUAUUCUCCCACCUACUCUUCUUCUCGUUUUAGACUUUUCUUAGUAGUUUAAGUCCUACCUUAUCACCAUCAUUACCACGACUCGCCUUGCGACAACUCAAUUGCCGUUGCCAAUAUCCUAAAUAGUCUCUCCCUCCUACCUACGCAAACCAACAUUUAACGACCUUUGCUUGCAUAUACAUACAGACCGACUGCGACUAUGAACUGCGUGCGCAUGCGGCUGCAAUGCCGCUUGAUGCGAUCUCCCAACACUCUGGCCCGCUGGUGCCUUGAAUCACCGCAGACAAAUCUCACCUCCCACCGUCCUAGGAUACCCAUUGUCGCACUGAGACAAGCCUCUACCUCGGUGUCGCAGAAGACCAGGGAAACAGAAGCCGAAGCAAAAGCCAAAAAGCUGAACCAGAAGCGACUUGAUGAACACGAAGAGGAGGUUAGGGCGCGCGAGCAACAAGUAAGACGCCCAUGGCAUCGCGAAGGUGCCGAUAAGCCUCCGGUCCAAGGCAAUGGAGAUAGUGCCGAACCCAUAGCAAAAGGCAAGCUCCUAACAACGCCGACUCGUCUCCUCAAACUCAUCCUUCCUCUACCCCUUCGUGUCGAGAAAGACCAAGAGAACAAUAGCCAUAGCAAUGAGUACGGCCGUUCGAUAUCACUCAACAGCGAAAUCCAGCCACUCGCUCUGCUUAUACACCCACAACAGCCACUUUCCUACGUCGAACGCCUGAUCCAAGCCGAGCUUCCGCCUGUGAUGGAAAAUGGCAAGGAGAAAAUUCCCAACGUUUACUUCCGAGCCGAAGAUUCAGAACAAGGUGACCAGAAACCCACGAGCCGCUCCGAAGCGAGAUCCAAAGACAAUGGCGGAGAGCCUAGCGAGUACAAUACCAACAUGUCACACGUGGCCUCAUAUUCCGGACUUGGCCACCUAGGCCCCAAGCGGAGUUCCGAAGAUAAGAAAUGGGUGCGGUGGAGCAGUAGUACCGAGAUGGGCGACUUUAUUCGGGACGCAGCGCGCGGCCGAGAGUUUGCAGUCGAAAUCGAAGGGUAUAACAUCGAGAUGCGCGUGAGUGUUCCCUCGUUCGGGGACCGGACAUAUUACAUGCGCCAGCGUCUGCGUAAGAUGAGCUCCGAGAUCGAUGGGUUGGCCAAGAUCAAGCACGAGUGCGAUCUUUUGGCACACCGGAGCGCACAUCGCCUAGCCAAGGGCGGGUUUGGCCUGCUUGCUGGGUGGUGGGGAGUGGUGUACUAUGUGACGUUCCAUACCGAGUUCGGCUGGGAUCUGGUCGAGCCGGUGACGUAUUUGGCGGGACUGACGACCAUCAUGGGCGGUUACCUGUGGUUCCUCUACAUCAACAAGGACCUUAGCUACAAGGCUGCCAUGAAUGUGACGGUUUCGAGAAGGCAGCACGCCUUGUACGAGAUGAAGGGCUUCGACAUUGAUCGGUGGGAGCAGUUAGUGCAGGACGCAAAUGCGCUGAGGAGGGAGAUCAGAGUGAUUGCGGUUGAAUACGACGUUGACUGGGACGAGACGCGCGACGUUGGUGAAGACGUAAAGGAAGUCCUCGAUGAAGAGACGACAAGGAAAGACGACGAACACCGGUCGAUCGAGAAGGAGAAGGACGAGAAAUUCACCGAGGAUGAAAAGAGGAAACGCAACAAGGAGAAGGAGUCGAAGAAGGAGUCGGGAGAUUCAUAAACCCGGGCAAAAUUGUAUACCUAGAAGCAAGCGGACAUUGGAGUCACACACGAUCGGAUCAUUGGACGGGAUGUUAAUUUUAGUUGAAAUAAUCUGAUACAAUUGAUGGCUGAAUGCCAGGCGC